AUGGAUCGCAAAGACCAUUUUCAGCAGAAGGCAGCGUUAAAUUACUGCAAGUUGGAACCUAGGCGUCAAAGACCCGGAUGUAGGAUGAUUGCCAUUCUUUUCAAAAUGGGGCUCGUUACUUGUGACUUCUUCUUCUUCUUCUUCUUCUUCUUCUUCUUCUUCUUCUUCUGUUCAUGGUAUUUGUUAAGCUGCGUUUACUACGGUACAAGAGCGUUUUAUUCGUUUUUUUGUUUUGUUUUUUUUGGCUUUUUCCCAUUUCGUUCAUUUUUUUUAUUACUCCACCUUCCAUUUUAUUUCUUUUUUUCUUCUUUCUUUGAAUUUCUUCUUUUACUUAGCUUUCUUUCUUUCUUUGUAUGCUAUAUUUUCUUUUUCUUUUUCCUUCCUUCUUUCUUUCUUUCUUUCUUUCUUUCUUUUUCUUCGUCUUUAGCUUUGUAUGCUCUCUUUUGCUCUUUAUUAUAUAUUGCUUUUCUUUCUUUCCUUUUUCCUCCCUUGCUUUGUAUACCAUAUUUUGUUUUCCUUUCUUUCUUUUUCCUUUUUUUUUUUAAUUUUAUAUGUUAUAUUUUGCUUUUCUUUUUUUUCUAUCCGUUCCCCCCCUUGCUUUUUUUAAUUUUCUUUCUGGAUUUUCUUUAUUCUUUUUUCUUUUCUUUUCUUUCUUUCUUGCUUUCUUUUUUUCUUUCUUUCCUCCUUUGUUUUGUAUACAAGUGGAAGAAAAUCUUUCUUUUUUUCUUUUCUUUUUUUUUUUUUCCUUUUUUUUUUUUAAUGUUUUCAUCUCUUUUAUUUUGCUCUUCUCUUCUCUUUCUUUCUUUUUUUUUUUUUCUUUUUUUUCUUCCUCCUUUUUUUUAUUUUCUUUUUUCUUUUUUUUCUAAAAUUUAUCCUUUUCUUUUUUUUUUUUUUUUUUUUUUUCUUUCUUUCUUUCUUUCUUCUUCCUUUUUUUUUUUUUCCAAGAAAUUUUUUUUUUUCUUUAAUGUUUUGAAUCUCUUUUCUUUUUUUUUCAUCUUCUUUAUUUCUUUUUUUUUUUUCUUUUUUUAA